UGUCAAACACUGAAUGGCCGCCAUUUGUGUAGUACGAAGAUUUGAAUGUGUCUGUAUGAGGACUGCAGUUUUCACAUUUUCUGCAAAUACAGGGACAAGGAUGUCACCUAGAAUUUCAGUCCGGAGAAUGACCCUUUAGAACUGGUUUGUUCCUUUUUCAACUAUAACCAUAGGAUGCUCUGAGUUGGAAGUUCUGCUCUUCUGUGUUACUCUUACUCUUAGCAACUGUUUACUAUCGAUGUGACACUGCAAGAGGAGGUUUCUCAGCGUCGUUUUUCCCGUGGAUGUUAUGUGAUUGCUGUAAUAUAACGUGGAACCCAACGCCUGUGGUUACUUCCAAAUUGAUGCCCAAUGGAGGGGGGCACGUGGUGCGCCCCGGCACCCUUGGCCUGUGGGGAUGGGAGGCGCCCGUGCGGUGGCGCCGCCCGCGCAGAGGCAGCUCCCCACGCUGGCUGAGGCCCUGCCUUUCUCUGGCGACAGCAUGAGCCUGGUCCUACAGCAGCAACAGCUUGAAGCAACUGAUGCUGGCUCGACGCUGGCAGCUCCGCCACUGCCAGCUUUUGUGGUCGAGGCGCGCACUGAUGCUGGCCUGUGUCUCGGGGUGGAGGCCCUUGUAUCUGUGGAAGAAGAACCCUUGGCACCACUGCCCAGUUCGCCAGCAGUCACGGCCUCCCCGGCACGGUCCACCCCGUCUCGGGAGCACCGCUCCCACCACGGCGCUUCGCAUCACCACCAUGGCUAUGCCAACUGCUUUGGGCUACCGUAUCAGGAUCACAACUACGGUGCCCCUCCGCCCCCUACACCACCUCAAAGUCCUCCCCCACAACCGUUCAGGACACCACCUUCACAAGUGGCUCACAUCAACGGCGUGGUGGUGUGUUCUGAGGAAGAGGGGGGCAGCAGCUGCCCCUCCUCUCUGCCUUCCAACGGAAACAGCCGGCAAGACGAGGAGGUGGACUGUGGCAACAAUAGUCUCUGUGGCAGAGGACUACAAGACACGCAAGAGGACAGCAUCACGAGAUGCAUCUGUGGGUUUAAUCACGACGACGAAUAUAUGAUCUGCUGUGACCGCUGCUCUGUGUGGCAACAUGUGGAUUGCAUGGGCCUCGAUCGCAGCCGCAUCCCGGACACCUACCUUUGUGAGCUGUGCCAUCCCCGACGGGUGGACAGGCACAGGGCGAGGGCACUGCAGGCACGCAAGAAAGAAGAGAUGGCUCGUGUUCUUCCACGGCAAGAGUCUACGUCAGAUGAGAGCGGGGGUGGAGGGGGCGACGAGAAUGUGGGGGGACCGAGGCAGCACAGAGGGUCGGGGGAUGGAAGGAGCCAAGCAGGACCCCGCGGGAGGCUCAAAAUGCGGCGGCGACGGCGCAAGUCCGAGUCGAAAGGGGAGGUUCUUCAACAGCUACCCGUCAAGAGGAUUGGCUCGUCCAAGGGCAUGAAAGAACGUAUAGAAAAGAAGAAGGCAAAGUUAAAAAAGAUAGUUCGAACUGUGAAAGUGCCUAAGAACAGGUUCCUGAAUCUGGCUGAAGUUUCUGUCAAAUCCGAAAUAUGUAAGAGCGGAGGAGCGGUGGAGGAAGAGGUGGCGAGAGAUGCAUGGUCCAGUCCUCCGCGUGAAAGUGUUCUGCUCCUCCAGGAACGCUACGAGGCUGCUCUCAUCAACCAGUACUCGCCUGAAGUGCAGCUCAUGGCAGGGUCUCUCAAGCUCAAUGGUCAACACGAAGAACUGGUGCGCAAGGUGUGCGAGACAGGGGCCGCAGUGGGACCGACGGGGUCUCAACCGUGGCGAGUUGCGAACGGACCAGACGGGACACGGCGGCUGGUUGCCACCUGUUUUGUUCCUGCGCAGCAGCCUAUCAUAGAGUUCAGAGGGAAGUUCCUGUCUGCUCAGCAGUUCCACGAACAGAAUCCUGUCUUCAACAAGAGGUUAUACCCAUACGUGUUGUUUUAUAAGCCAAACAAGGAAGAGCACGUGUGUGUAGAUGCGCGGGAGUACGGCAACGAGGCUCGCUUCGUUCGGCGCUCAUGUUCUCCCAAUGCAGAGGUUCAGCACAUAAUACAAGAUGGACUUCUCCACCUGUUCCUGGUGUCUCUAAGAGAUAUUCGAAGAGAAGAGGAGAUCACCGUUCCUUUUGACUUCAACUACCGAGAAUGUAUCCAUAGCGUGACAUGCGCGUGUGGUUCGGAUGACUGCCACAUUGGCACAAAAGGAAGGAAGUCUUUUGCAGUGGGGGAACGGCGAAGACGAGGCCGCCGCUCCAGCAGUUCGGUCACUCUGCAUUCUACGGAGGAAGAGGAAGAAGGUGGACGUGGGGUGGGACGAGGCCUGCCCUCUCCUGUCAAGAUGAACCACCAGGUGCCUGUCACAAAUAACCAAGACCACCAGGUGCAAGAGGCACCCACUGGAGCAACUUCUCCAACUCCAGAUGCAUUAUCAAUCCUAGAGGGCCGCACUUCUGAAGAUCAAGAGCCCGACAGUCGACCUACUUCGCAGCGACGGAGAAAAAUGACGCGGGAGGAACGUAAAAUCGAUGCUAUCAUGCGAGCCUUCGAGAAAAUGGAAAGGACAGAAAAGAGGCGUCAGCAGGCACUUGAGCGAAUGGCACAUCACAAGGGCAGUGUCAUACCCGCACCAUCACAACAGUUCGACUGCCCAGAGGUCAAGAACGAAAGGAUAGAAGAGGAUCAAAGCAAUGAGUGGGUGGCUCCAGAAGAAGUAAAAGCUGACGUAGAGGAAAGCGUGACUGUAGAGGCCACCACAGUUCCAGAGGUUGUGGAGGUACCGGUCACCCCUAGCGCCACCCAAAUGGAAGAAGCUGUGCAGGUCACUACGAGCACUCCACAGACAAGGGCAGCAAAGAAAGGAAAGCGGAGAAGAGGAUCUAACAUUAUGUCAAGGCGACGUACACGCACGAGUAGUGGGAGCUUAGAAAUGUUGCUGUCCCCCGAGGAGGUAGCAGCAGCCCACCUAACACUGGCGUCGUCACAAGAAAUAUGCGGACAGCUGCAGCCUCCACAAGCGCUGAUGGAAGAAAGUGGUGAACUGCACCACUGUGGAACUCCACCGUCGACGACCCCUGCUCCCAGGUCUCCGGCGUCCUCACCGAAUGUCACGACCAAGGGCUUUGCUCUGCCAAAAUCAAAAAGAUUCUUGAUGCAAGGCUGGCUGCAGGGUAAGGCCACUGAAGUGCCAUUCCCAAUGUUGCCGGAGGCGCCGUGCUUCGUGCGAUGCACCAAGGAUGCAUCUGGUGGAAUAUCGGCCGCCCACCUCCGUCGUAACAGCUUCGGACAGUCAUCUGGAUGUCAGCAGGGUUCCAGUGGAUCUGCAAAAAAGCGGUGGUUACGGCAGGCCAUGUUCGAGUGCGGGGAAACAUCCGAGCUCUCGGAAGACGGGCCACACGACGACCUGGGAGGCGACGUCACUGUGGAUGGGCCGCCGAGCCCAUCGAUGAACCGUAGUGACGACAGCAAUCAUUCUGUGUCACCAACCAACGUUGGCGAUCUGGUGACGCCCCUGAAGAAGCGCCGCUUGAUGAGGAAGUCUAUGGAGUCGGUGGACUCUCUGGGAGGACUCUCGCCCACAACUGGCGAAGCUGCUGCAACCUUGCUGUCCUUCCAGGCACCGCCGGCCAUAGUAAAUUCGUGCAUGGAUGGGAUACUUGUGGGUUCCCCACUGCCCCCGAUGCACCACCUAGUAGACCCCAUGGGAGACUGUGUGUUAGAAAUGGCAGCGAGUGCCGAACAUCGCUGCACAGAGGAAGGAGAUUCUUACGGAACCGUGGGAGCUGCUGGAGACGACGACACGUUGGACACAGACCCCCCGACGCCCCUGGACGACGAAGUAAGCAGCAUGGACGCAAUGCCCGACUGCGAGGACUCCACCACGGACACUAAUUUGUGCAACGCGACGGAGCGGUGGCGGACUACGUCGGAUACGAGUGAUACGAACGCGUGCGGUGUCACGGACACUGUGGUCUGGCGGACAAACGCUACGGACAGUGGGGACGGCGGGGUGGAGGGGGGAGGAGGGGAGGUGACGUGGUUGCCGGACCCUUCGAAGCUGCAGCAGCCUCAGUUUCAGGAGCAGCAAAGUGCAAUGGGGGAAACAAUGACUUGUGAGGAGGAGGAACAAGCGCCCGUUGUGUCGACGUCGCCCUCCGCCGCAAACUCUGGGGAAGUGUCUGGGAGGAACGUGGCGCAGUGCGGUGGCAGCAGCGCGCAAAAGCGGAAGGUGAGGGACGACAACAGUGGAAGGUAUCGAGUUGCGGUGAGCCUGUCUGAGUACCGGAUGAGGAUGAGAGACGCCAAGGGAGGAGGAGGAGGAGGAGGAGGCUCGGGUGGGUCCGUAAGUCCCUCUACGGCUCCGCAGUCCCCACGAACAGCGACUGGGUCUCUCCCCGCUCUUGAGAACCUCUUUAGCUCUGACAUGAAUAGCUCACAACUGCCAGGGCACUGUUUGCCGCCUUCGCCGCUCAAAGACGGGCUCAAAAGGGAGGACGAUGACCCGUGGGUUGUGCCAGAGCCAAAAAGAGAGAGAUUGAGCCAACGCCUACGGAGAGAGUUCGGCUUGGAUGACGACUCUGACACAGAAAAGGAGAGGGGCAAGAGUAGCGGCUCACCUCCUCCCCCACAGGGAAAAGGGGUUCAUCCUGGAGGUGCUCUAUUACCCACUCCUCCCUCCCUCCCGUUGAUGGGCACUCCGCACCAGCAGUACGGGUACGCCCCACCUUCGUAUCGCCACCCUGCUCCGCAGCCGUACCUCAUACCCCCAGUACAGCAACCACCAGGUGGUGCAGCGUUCGUGCCCCCUCCCCUUCCCCUACCGGCCACUCACCAAGGUGGGGGAGUGCUGGGACAGCCGCCCAUCCCUCCGUCGCACCAGAGGCCCCCCCUGCACCCCCUGGGACCGCCAAGCAGGACGAGAGGAGUGGAUUUCAGGAGCGCACCUCCCUCUUCACAGCAGGGUUACUACUGAACCCUUUUGCACCGUUCCCGGAGACACGAGUGGCCGGACCAUGCCCCGUCCACGCUACCUACUUGCUCUGUUCUGCUCCAUUUAUCACUCUCUCUCUCUCUCUGUUCUGCUAUUUUGCCUUUGAGGUGUAGAUAUGCUAGGGUUAGUACUGACGCAGGCUCAACUGGUCAACCUAUGGGCAGAGAGCUAGGCUUGGCUUUUGGCUAAAUGCGCAGGCGGCAGGGCUUUCGUGUUCGACUGCGAGUGUGCGAGCAGCGAGAUUUCCACUCCAGUCAGAAUGGUGCCUGCACAUAGAAAACAAAGUCUCUGAAGGAUUCUAGAUAUAAAGGUAGAUAUUGCGGUCCGAAACUAGAUUGCUGCUCUGAAUAUUUGCUCACUCGGGGCAUUUCAGGAACUGUGCCCAAAACCUGUCGUAAAAAACUUUCCAGCCAUUUAAUGAAGUGCACGAAUCGCUCUGUACGAGCGGAUUGACCUGUGCGUGUGUCUGGCCUUUUAAAGGGCCAGACAGCUGGAACUCGAAAUUGAUUCGAUUUUUUUUUUUUUUGCACCCAUUUUGAAAUCUGUGUUUGGGAACUCGUUUUUUCGCACGCUCUUGUCUCGAGCCUUUCCCAUUACCCUCAGUAGUACUGCUGUAGCUUUGGGGGGUGUAAAUUGAAAACUGUGCACGAACAAAAGCGUGAAUCGUGCAUGGGCUGCACACACAAAGAUGUCUUGCCUUCACUCCAAAAGGUUUUUUAUUGUAUGCCAGCAACUUCGGCUUUUAUUUUUGUCCCACAAGACGUGGGUGACUUUGCUGAGGUGGACAUUGCUUGCUCUCAUAAUUAUCACAAUUUACGUAUUUUAAAAUUGAAAAUUGGCAAUUGAUGCCGUUUGUUUUUGUGGAGUGCAGCUCGACACUCACACGGGCAGCAAGUACGGGCAAGUUUUACGCGGCGGUUGAUCCGUGAGCACGGAACCUGAGAGAGGGAAGCACUGUACAUAGCUGGGGAGAGGUGUUUAUUUUUGUGGGUCUCCAUCCUCAUCUUGACAUCUGUGCAAAUUGUUACAUUCUUUUUUUCUCUGUGUGUGCCAUGUGUUGGUGUCUUGUCUCCUCGUCCACCGGUUAGUUUUUCCAGAGGUCUUACAUUGAGGACUGUUCCUGGUGCUCUUCGAUGACAAAAAAAGAAAGGACGUUUUACGUGCUGUCCCGUGUGGCGGCACGUUGCGAAACUUCAGGCGCUUCUGUUCUCUGGCCUCUGGUCAGUUUUCGUUCGCAGCCAUCGUUGGCCACAGACUUAUUGUACCUGCAUUUCUUUUACGUGUAAAUGUGUGUAAUUUAAGUGGAUUUUAAGCUUUUUUUCAUAACUCUUCUUUUUUUUUUUUUUUUUCGCUCUCAGUUGCUCCCACCUUAUGUUUUCACCCCCAUAUGGCCUACAAUGGAGCUCCCUAACCUUAUGCAGAGUUUUCCCAUUCACAUAAAAGAGAGAGCCAUUGCCUUGUACAUACAUAUACAUAACUCGUCUUUGAUGUAUGUAUCGUAAUCUCGGAUGUAACGUGUCGUGGUCUCUGAGCAUCGACUUCAUUUCUUUUUUGUGUCACUCAUUGGCGUUCAUUCUAAGUGUAGAAAAAAAAAAACUACGUGUGACGCCACCCUUGUACAUAUGUAAAUACGAGUACGUAGUUGUUUGCGCACCUGUCUGCACCACCAUGCAGACUUUUAAGACUGAUCCUUGACAGCAAUUUGUACAUUGAAUAUAACACACAAAAUGGGUGCAAGGCCUUUGCUUUUUUGUUCGGGGCUGCUGCGGCCUCGUCAUUGAACUCCUUUCGGGUUUUUAUAAUGGCAUUUUAAACUACACGCAUGCAGUGGUGGACAUGUGCGCACUCUUCUAGACUUCACCUGUACAGCAUUUGUUUUUUUACUCCAUUGUCAGUGAAGGAAAAAAAGCUUUGUCCCGGUUGUAACAUACUCUACGCUUGCUUUUUCUCUCUCUUCCCCAUCCCGAAGGCCACUCUCUGAAGUGGGCGAGAGACCUACAGAUCUCAGCGGAAAAAAAAAAAAAAGCAAAAAAUGUGGGAUGAAAAACAUGUAUAAAGUGUGUAUUUUUGUUUUCCUCCAUUUUUUUUAAAAAAAAGGGGGAACCAGCUCUCGGCACGCAAUGACUGGACGGUUUUUGUUUGUUUGUUUGUUUUUAUCUUGCUUUGAGACCUGUGAGGGAAGGGACUGGUCCGUGAUCCACACCAUAAGUUAUUUUGUACCCCAGACAUGAAACUUUCUUUGUUGCACAAGCGCUUGGAAGUGUGAUGGUCACGCGUGGUGUGCAGCUGACAUGCACAAAUGUGAAGCUCUGAAAAAAACGUCACAAGGAGUCACAACUUUUGUUUUCUUUGUUUUAUUAAAAACUAACACAUGCCACAAACAAUCCGGUUUUAAGAUUCGCGGACUAACGAAAAAACAAAAAGGCAUCUUGUUUGUUAGACGUUUCAUGGGUGGACAUGUUCUUCCACAAUGAAUGAGUGGUGAACUGUCAUUGUGCUCUAUCAUUGGGCAGGGGAGAAGCAAAAAGGCUAAACUAUGUGAAAGCAAAAUUGCUUUUGUGUGUAUGUUUGUUCAAUACCAGUGUGACAUAUCACCUUCCUGUUGCUUUUGAUGCCAUCCUAUGCUACUGGAAAGCUGUAAAUAAAUGCGGCCACCUCCUUGA